AUGGCAUCAUCAGGCAAAUGUGUCUUCCUUGUGUUCUUAUGCAUGGUUGCUCUUCUUGCCCCAAGUGAAGUACACGCGAAAUCUAUGGUCGAAGUUAACGCUGCUCACAAAUGGUACAUUGUCGAAGGUCUAUGCUCAAAAUUUCCGGACUGCAAUAAGCACUGCAAAGAACAAAAAUUUCCAGGUGGAACAUGUCUCAAACUUGGUGUUAAUAUGAUGUGUACUUGUAUUUAUUCAUAA